GAACAGCUGAAGGGGCCAUACCUUGAGAAGCUUCCUACUGUAUUGGCAAAGUUCUCCAAAUUUCUAGGGGAAAGACAAUGGUUUGUUGGUGACAAGAUUACAUUUGCCGAUUUUCUGAUGUAUGAUGUCCUGGAUCAGCACCAUAUGUUGGAUCCUUCUUGCUUGGAAAAGUUCAAGAAUCUUAAGGACUUCCAUGCAAGAUUCGAGGCACUUCCUGCUAUUGCUGCAUACAUGAAAACACCCCGGUUUAUAAAGACUCCCAUUAACAACCGAAUGGCUUUAUGGGCCAACAAAAAGUAAUGUUAUACAACCUAUUUGGCUACUAAAAUGCUUGGAGUCUUAAUCUAGCUUUUUGGAAUUCUUAGCUAUUUGUUACUGUUAUCUCUACCUGUACUCUGUUCUGUAAACUUCUUCAGAAUUGUAUAAAUGCUAUUAGUGAUCUCUUAAUUCACCAGUUUAAUUUUCACAAAGGCUAGCAGUCACAGUAUAUUGGAAGCCUACAGACUGAGUCACAACAUUGCCAUUAUGUGUUAAAUGCCUCAAUAAAGACUUUAUGGAUGUUGGUAA